AUUAAUUUAUUUGUUCUCUUUCCUUUCCUACUCUUGACUGAGCUUUAAGUGAUAGCUGUACUGUGAAGUUUUAUGUUAUCAGGGUUCCAAGUGGCACUUGAGCUAAUAUAAACAACUAAGGAGUAUAUCUUAUGGUGGACAGAGUCUACCCUUAGAGGAUAGGAAUAUACUGCUCAUAUCAAUGAGUUCUUGAAGGUUUCAAGUACACUGCAGUUGCUCUAGUUCAGUUUUUUAAAGCACAUCACUGAAUGCAAAUGUUCAGAACACUGAGCUUUUAUCAGUUUAGGAAGUUGGUUAUCUCAGUUAGGGGAAUUUUUUUUUUUUUUCCAAGAGAAGAAGCCAGCAUAGCAGAUGUGUGGGUUGUACUGCACAGCAGCUAGGUUUAACCACCAAUGUUAGUCUUACAUUUUGCUGUACUGUGUGCCCAAAUAUGUGCAAGGGAAAAUACAGUCCACAAACUGUCCUGAGGUUCUGUCACAUCAGCAAAGCUAAGUAUUCUUUAUAAGAACAGAAUGUCUCACUCAGAUUUUCAGCUCUAAUCUCCCUCUACAGACUAACUUCAGCAAGUGUAGUUCUCAUUCAGUCCAGACUCUGUUUUUUCAGAUGGCAGUACAGAGAUCUCUCCAGUGAAGAGAUUCAGUUCUGCAAGGAAAUAAAGUGAGGCCACCUGAAACUUAACCUGUUUGUCCCCAGUCCCUAAAGAACCAGGAAAACACAACUUCUCUUUAAUGAAGCGAAGUUUUUGCUUGAGAAAUACACGUUCGCUCAACAAAACAAAAACUGCUUUUAAGGGUUAUUCUUGGUGGAAAUCGCUCUAUGCCCUAUUACCUGCUUGAGUGAAACCAGACUAAGAACUUCUGUCAUGGCAGCUUUUCUGCUGGGAGCUGUGUUGCUUAUUGUUCAACCUCAGAUAGUGCCUUCCAGACCAGCUAUAAAUUCAAAUGCUGAGACUUCUUCUCAGUCUGUUCAGAGAGAGCUUUUAAAGAAAACAUCUCAGAAAAAUGACUUCAAGGAAAACAUUCAUUCUAAUGGAUCAUGUCAGCAGCUGCCACAGACUAUUAUUAUUGGAGUGAGAAAAGGUGGAACAAGAGCUUUGUUAGAGAUGUUGAGUCUCCAUCCAGAUAUUGCAGCAGCAGAAAGUGAAGUUCACUUCUUUGAUUGGGAAGAUCAUUACAGGAAUGGAUUGCAGUGGUAUGUUAAUCAAAUGCCAUUCUCAUAUCCCCAUCAGAUCACCGUGGAAAAAACUCCAGCAUAUUUCACAUCACCCAAAGUGCCUGAAAGAGUUUAUAACAUGAACCAAUCAAUGAGACUACUCCUUAUUUUAAGGGACCCAAGUGAGAGAGUACUAUCAGAUUACACCCAAGUGUUCUACAACCACAUGCAGAAGCACAAGCCGUACCCGUCCAUUGAACAGUUCCUGAUUAAAAAUGGUGAACUCAAUCUGGACUACAAGGCAAUAAACAGAAGCUUAUACUACAUUCACAUGCAGAACUGGCUGAAGUACUUCCCUCUUGACCAUAUCCACAUUGUAGAUGGGGAUAAACUAAUCAAAGAUCCCUUUCCAGAAAUAGAAAAGGUGGAGAGAUUUCUGAAGUUAUCACCGCAGAUAAAUGCCUCAAACUUUUAUUUCAACAAAACUAAGGGCUUUUACUGCCUGCGGGACAGCGGCCGAGAGCGCUGUUUGCACGAGUCCAAAGGGCGAGCGCACCCACAGGUGGAUGCCUGGCUGCUGGAGAAACUGCAGGAGUAUUUCCAUGAACCCAACAGGAAGUUUUUCAAGCUUGUGGGCAGAACAUUUGACUGGCACACAUUUGUGGCAAGUUAGUGGUAAGCUUCAGAACCUGUGUUCCAGUGUACAGUUAGAAGAUUUAAAAAAAGGGCAUUUAAGCUAUUAUUUAUUUGUAAAAUCCAUAAAUACUUCUGUACAGUAUUAGAUUCACAAUUGCCAUAUAUACUGGUUAUAUUUUUCUACUUGUUAAAUUUGAAAGCAUUUUGUAUUGUUUUUCAUGGUUGUUAACAUUGUGUAUGAUGUGUCUAUAUAAAGAAACUAAAUUAUUUCAUUGCAGAAGGUGCUCUCUUGAGAAUGUGUUGUCUUUUUAAUAAAUAAGAAAUUCAUUUCAACAGAACAUUUUUGAAUUAUUUGAAUACUUUGGCCUUCCUGGACUAUUUUCUCUAAUUGCUAAUGAAUAUGCUAAACUUUACCUUUCCAUUUUUCUUAGUUUAAAGUGUGGAUUAAUAAUUUCUUCUCCACUUGAAAAUAUUAUUGUAGUUAAUAAAUUGUUCAAUCCUGCUUUAUGAAAUUAUUUCCUGUCAAAGUGGUGGUACUUACACAUGUUGGGAAAUGCACACCCAAAGGACAAUGGAAGUUUCCGUGUAAUUUGAUAUAAUAACUGCUAUACUUAACCUUCAUAUUCACUGUUAUGACAAGUGUUCCUCAAUUCUUUGGCAGUACAGUGCAGGUUUCAUGGCAGAUUUUUAAAGAUUCUGUGGGGACCAGUUCAUAAAAUACAGUUAGCUGUAGAAAUAUGGUCAACCUGAACACUUCUUACAGUGUCUGAAUGUAUGCAUACUUCAUGGAGAGGUAUGGUUGAGAGAAUUUAAGCAAUAUAGAGACUUUUUCAAGGCUGCUUUUGACUGUUCCUACAUUUCAUAGCACAUUUAUACUUUACCAUCACUGAAAAUAAACACUUACACCAGAAAAAUUAGUUGGUCUACAUUCCAGUAAGCAGCAACUUCAUUUACAUAAUUACCACAUUUGUCCCCUACUUGAGGCUGUUUUUUAUGAGUUUUCAGUUGCUUCAUGCAACUGAAAAUUGCCUAUGGACUACUGUUUGUUUAAUCUCCUUCCAAGAACCAUGAUGCCAGGUCUUGAUUAGAUGUGUGUUGGGGGAUUAACCCAAAUUCCAGGAACUUUCCUUGUUUUCCAUCUGCUUAUGAUGGAAAUUAGAUGUUAGUACAUUGGAAAAAGCUGCUGUUGCCCUUAUCUACAGUGGUUUUGUUAGCCAUCAGUUUCUGGAGUUAGAGUUAAUUCAGUUUCCACACAAGGCUUCUUAGAGUACUUUCAGUCCAAACAACUGAUUUUUAUUUCAUGAUCUUGAGUUUAGUUGUUGAAUGUACAAUGGCAACACCCAGUAAAUUUGAACUUGUAGCUGAUUGUUACAAUCCUUUAUAAAAUUUAAAUGUAGGUUCAUUCAUUUUUUUCUGGUGAGCUAGUGCAAACUUGGGCACUAUGACAAGGUAUUGUCUGGAUGCAAAUAUCCCAUAUUAUGCCUCUUGCAUGAAAAUUUUCAGAUGCUGUCCCUCUCUCUCCCACUCCUUGUGCACCUGCCCAAGCUGUAUUCAACCUCAGAGAGGUUGGUGGUGUUUUAUAAAGCCUACAACAAAAUGGUAAUGUACUCAAUAAAAUAUUUUCUGAAUUGCA